AUGCUGCGGCGGUUCCUGCGCGCCCGUGACCACAACGUCGGCAAGGCGUCGGCGAUGUUCCUCAAGUACCUCGCAUGGAAGCGCGCCGCCAAGCCGCGGGGAUCCAUCACCGAGGCCGAGGUGCGCGGCGAGCUCGUGCAGGACAAGCUCUACGUGCAGGGCUUCGACAAGACGGGCCGCCCCAUGAUCUACCUCUUCGGCAACCGGCACUUCGCCGCCAAGCGCGACCUCGAGGAGUUCAAGCGCUACGUCGUCUACAUCCUCGACAGCACCUGCACCAAGUUGCCGGCGGGGCAGGAGAAGUUUGCGUCGGUGGUGGAUCUGAAGGGGUGGGGGUACGCGAACUGCGACAUCCGGGCAAAGCUGGCGGCGUUGGAGAUCAUGCAGAACUACUACCCGGAGCGGCUGGGCCGGAUGUUCCUGAUCCACGUGCCUUACGUGUUCAUGGCGGCGUGGAAGAUGGUGUACCCCUUCAUCGACGACAACACCAAGAAGAAGUUCGUUUUCGUAGCUGACAAGGACCUCGACGCCACGCUCCGCGACGCCAUCGAUGUGUCUCAGCUGCCCGAGCAGUACGGCGGUAAGCUCAGACUUGAGGGGUACAAGAGCUCGUCGACAUGCAACUGA